AUGUCAUCUCUUGAUACAAAAUCAGCACAUGAAGCCGCGUACUCUGACCAGCAGCCCGUGGAUCUACACAUCAGGAACUCAUCAAGUUCGGCCAGUACCGCAAACACUUCAUCUUCUCAACCGACAAUUUCGAUAUCAGAGUCAUUACAUCCCAUUACUGGCCACUCCAACCGUACAAUAGAUGCGGUCAAUGAUGCUGAAUGCUCAAUGACACUCAUACAGGGUGUAAAGCUUUACCCAAAAGCCAUCCUAUGGUCAGUGUUAUUGUCAAUGACCCUCAUCAUGGAAGGCUACUCCACAAUUCUAGUACCCAACUUGUUCGCCAUGGGCCCUUUCAAAAAGAAAUUUGGCAGCUUGCAACCAAAUGGGGACUAUGAGAUCCACCCUGAUUGGCAAAGCGGAUUCGUCAAUGGGGGUCUCGUAGGUCAGAUUAUAGGGCUCUUCGCUACAGGCAUUAUAGCCGAGUGGAUUGGAUACCGGCGCGCUCUCAUGGUUGGACUGACCGCGAUGGCUCUCUUCAUAUUCAUACCGUUCUUCGCAACAACCAAGGUGGUGCUGCUGGUUGGCCAAUUAAUGUUGGGGAUGCCUUGGGGAAUGUUCCAAUGCAUCUCUACUGUCUACGCAGCCGAUGUUUGUCCCGUAGCUCUCAGGGCUUACUUAACAACAUAUGUCAAUGCAUGCUGGGUACUCGGACAACUUAUCGCUUCCAUUGUGUUGCGCUGCAUGAUCACUAAUACUUCAUCAUGGUCAUACCGCACACCAUUUGCACUCCAAUGGAUUUUCCCCGUACCUAUACUCGGCUUCGUAUACUUUGCACCAGAGUCUCCAUGGUGGCUCAUCAGGAAAAGCAAUUUCGCUGAUGCAAAGGAAUCCCUUCGCCGCUUACGCUCCAAACCCAAGCACGUCUCGGAUGACGAAUUCGAUGCUGGCCUAGACGCUACAAUGUAUGCAAUGGUACAGACGAACCAAAAGGAACUGCUGAUGCAGAGCGGGACGAACUACAAAGACUGCUUCAAAGGGGUUGACAGACGACGAACAGAAAUUACGUGUAUGGUUUGGAUGGUUCAAACACUAUGCGGUGGUUCGUUCAUGGGAUUCUCAACAUAUUUUUAUGAACAAGCCGGUCUCGCCUCUUCGCAUGCUUUCAGCCUAUCCCUGGGCCAAUUUGCGCUUGGCCUUCUCGGUGUUGUCGUAUCCUGGGUUCUGAUGGUCCUCUAUGGGCGUCGUAGCCUCUACCUUUUCGGCCAGGUAUUGACAUUUGCCUUUGUCUUGUUCAUCGGCAUCUUGGCCUGUAUACCUGGGCGCCGCACCGUCACUAUUGCUAGUCCCACUACCACCAUCAGCUCAUCUCAGGUCGCGCCUAACGCACUCAAUUGGGCCAUCGCUACGCUAUUGCUAGCCUUCACUCUCAUAUACGAUGCAACAAUCGGGCCUAUAUGCUACGCUCUUGUAUCGGAGAUUCCCUCUACACGAUUACGCAGCAAGACUAUCGUGCUUGCACGCAACUGCUACAACAUCUCCGGCAUCGUUGCCAACAUCAUCACACCGCACAUGCUCAAUCCCACAUCGUGGGGUUGGGGUGCACUAACCGGCUUCUUCUGGGCUGGCACAAGCAUCAUCGGCAUCGCAUGGAGCUGGUUCCGGCUCCCAGAACCGAAAAAUAGGACAUUUGGGGAACUAGAUGAACUCUUCGAACGGAAAUUGCCCGCAAGAAAGUUCAAGAACACAAAUCUGAGACCUCCUGAACGUGCGGUGGACGGUGUCACGGUGACACCUGGGAAGCGUACAGGAUAG